GUUAUUCAAGAUGACAUAUUGUUUCUUAAGAAAAGUCCUUCCAGUAGUCAACCAUCGUCUACAGCUGCAGAACAUAUAAGUCAAUUCGUUUUGAGUCGGCCCGAUUUGAUGCAACAAUUACUUCAACUUCAGCCGGAACUUGCUGAUGCUGCAUUGAAUGAUCCGUCAAGAUUUACUGCACUAAUUCGACAGAUGGAACAGCGUCAAGGGGAGCUUCAAAGGAUGCAACAAAUCAAUAUGCUUAAUGCCGAUCCGUAUGAUAUUGAGGCACAAAGAAGGAUAGAAGAGGAAAUAAGAAUGCAAAAUGUUUUGGCUAACAUGGAAACUGCAUUGGAAUAUAGUCCGGAAUCUUUUGGCAGAGUUCGUUUAAUAGUAUUAAAGAAUUUAUUUCAUAAUUAAAAUAUAUGGCUUAUAUACAUUUGUGAUUAGGUAACAAUGUUAUAUAUUAACGUUG